AUGGACAGCUAUUUAUCUAUUCCGAUCAUCAAUGAAUUCAUUACACGAGUAUCCGUCGACGACCAGUCUAACUACGAGAAUAAUGUGAAAGCGAUGUUGUCUGGCGUUCUCUCCCAUGAGUUCCCUCUCUCAAUGGGCUAUGUUUUAGUCCCUGGACAGAACCGCAAUGCCAGCUACCCAGGCUUUACAGGGUAUCACAAACCUUGGAAGAUCCAGCGUCACGUUCCAGGGGAUCGUGAAUUUGUUGACCACUUGUUAGUCGAGGUAAUGGGCCCCGAUGAACUUCUGGCAGACACCACCGAUCAGCUUCUCACGGCUCUUGAGAGUGCCAAUACACAGCAUGGCCGAUGCUGGGCAAUUAUCGCCAUCGGCCCCACAAUUGAAUUUUAUGAAUACCAUGGCUCCCUCCCCGUUAACCAUCAACUCAUACCUUGGUACCCACCAGGUCGAUCUACGAACAACUUCAACAUAAGCAUCGAGUCAGUCGUGCUUCAAUCGAUCUUCGAUCAUAUGCGACGAAAUAAUGAGCCCGCAGCACGGUAA